AUGGCAUCAUCUCGAGAGGUCAAGAGAUAUUCAAUUCUUUUGGCCGUCUGUGGCUUCAUAUUCUUGAUCUUUGCCUCAAUUGGACUUGGUGUUACCUUCGCAAAUCUUGUCCCAAGUAUCCAAAAGGCAAAUGGAUAUUCUAGGGCGCAGUGCAAUGUCACUGCCGUUCAAACAGUUGCCGACUGCUACUCCAGUCAAUGUGCCACCUAUAAUAAUGAGAUUUGGUGGUAUCCAGUUUGGGGUCCAGGUUUCUUCUUCAUCUAUGUUGGUGGCAGUGGAUCAUCCAACAGUUACAACAACGGUGAUGACGAUGGUGGAGACGACGAUGAUGGAGGGAUGGACGGAGAGUCUGGCGACAGCGGCGGCGGCGACGAUUUCGACGGCGAUGCAGGCGGCGAAGACGGAGGAUUUGACAUUGGUGGCGACGACUUCAAGGGAGCCUCAGCCAACACUCCAGGCACCACCACCGGCGGCGACCUUAUCGUUUACACUCAGGAGAUCAAGCAAUUCAAACAGCAACAGAGACAGCAAGCAGCAUUGGCUGCCAGAGAAUAUUUGGCAACACUAGCAACAGACUUUGAGGCAGUCGAGUCUACAAGCUCGGAAGCAUCAUGGACAAGCAGUGAAGCAGCAGCCUGUGGCUACAACUAUUGUGCACAGGGUGUUGACUAUGUCAGCUUCACCGAUGGAGACAACGUCCAGCACAACAGCACAAUUCGUGGACUCUGGUCCUCGGAUGAGGGCUGGGUCGCCGCCUACAUGGCCAACUUUGUCAAGGGCUCCUCAUACAACUGCUACUACCAACGCGCACAGCCACAGAAUGUCAUGUGGUUCCCACCUCCACCCUACGACAAGGGAUCACUUAUAAUGAUCUGCUUCUUCUUUGGUCUGGCACUCAUCUCACUGAUUGGCACACUCAUCUACACCAUCAAGUACUUCAAGGCCAAGCAUGACAGCAAGCAUGAGAGCUGCCACGUGGACAAUGAGCACAAGAAGCCAUCGGCCAUCGUCGACAACAAGUACAACAACUACCAGAUUGUCUACCAGCAAUUGCCAGAGACCUACCAGGUGCAGGAGGGAGGCUACUACCAAUACAGCUACGGUAUCCCCUACAACCCAACCUCCAAUGAUGGUCCCGCCCCAAGUGCCCCAUCAGCCUCCAACAUCAACAUCAACUAG